GUUUCGCGCUGCCGAAGUUGAUCGCACGCGCCUUUCGCUGCUGUCUUCAAGAGUUUUAAUUGCAAUCAAACGAUCGACAAAAGCGCAGUUGUUUGAAGGUAUUCAAAAUGAAGGCAUCGACUUUGGAUAAAAUCAGCUGCUUCCUGGCCGAGCUGAUGGGCACAGCCAUUCUGGUGUUCCUCGGCUGCAUGGGCUGCGUGAAAACAGAUCUCUUUCCCAACAAUCAUUUGCAGAUCAUUCUGAACUUCGGCUUCGCUGUGCUCAUUGCCAUUCAAUGCUUUGGCUGUGUGUCGGGCGCCCAUCUGAAUCCCUCGGUCACGGUGGCGGCCUACAUCUAUGACCUGGUCACGCUGCCCAUGGCCUUCGUCUACUUUGUCGGGCAGAUGCUGGGCGGCUUCAUUGGCUACGGUCUGCUGAUGGCCCUGCUGCCCCCAUCCACGCUGGAUGUGCCCAACGGCCUGUGCGUGACCCUGCCCCACUCCGAGGUCAACAAUCUGCAGGCCUUCGGCAUUGAGUUCGUUGCCACCGGCAUUCUAGUUAUUGUCUGCUGCGGCGUCUGGGAUCCUCGCAAUGCCAAGCACCACGAUUCGGUGGCCAUUCGCUUUGGCCUGGCCAUUGCCUGUUUGGCCUGUGCCGCGGGACCCUUCACUGGCGCCAGCAUGAAUCCAGCCAGAUCUUUUGCGCCGGCGCUCUGGAACGGCAACUUCCUCAAGCACUGGAUCUACUGGCUGGCACCGCUGAGCGGUGCUGCCAUCACUGCCGUCGCCUACAAGACCGUCUUCCGGCGAGAGGUUGUGGAGGCCCAGGUCGUCUCCGACGAGAAACUGCGCCAACUGGAGGACGUUCAGCUCUCAUAGACAAUUGUAUAACACUGUGCCAAAAUUGCCCCACUGUACAGGGCAUACACACACACACAUACACACUUAAAGAAAAUCUAAUUAGUUUUAAGCUAAGAUCGUUAUCGACGACUUCUAUGCUAAUGCAAUUGUUGUACUCUAA